GGUUGCAAUGAUGAGUAAAAACAAGCAAAAGAAUGUUGUGGAUCAUACCCUAUUUGACGAUGUUGAGGACAUAGACUACUACAACUCUCUUGAUUGGGGUACAAUUAUUUGGCAGAGGACACUCGACUCCCUGAAGACCGCACUUAAAGACAAGGUUGGUCUAUACAAGGAGAAGGUGAGGGGAAAUAAAAAUUAUGUUGUGAAGUACUCGCUCCGUGGAUUUUCCCAAGCAUUCCAGGUGUGGACGUACGAGAUCCUUUCGUCAAUAGCAGGAAACGUUGCCAUUCGAAAGAGCAAGGUAGCCAUUCCUCGUAUAUUACGGUGGUCAUGCUCCCAUUCGGUGUCAUUCAAAACACUCGAGAGAGACAUUUUUGAGUCUGAAAAUGUAAGUGUAAUCUAUGUAGCCACAGUAUGUUUAUUCGAUAGUUAAAUGUACACUAACCAUCUUACUGGGUUCCUUAAUGUAGACAAAAGUCAAAGAGGGUCUUGUCAUGUCCAAGGCUGAGAAGGAGUUUCGGGAUGCCCCAAUUGAUAGACGGGCCGUAAGACAAGCACACUCCAACAUGAGAGUUCAGGGAGCUCUAGUAGUCCAAAUAGUGACGGUGGUUCAGAUAAUAAUGGUUUAAAAGGUGGGGAAGGUGAACAGCAGGGUAAUUCAGAAGGUGGAGCGAGGGAUGAAGAAUCUGAUGGGGACCAAAACAUCCACCGGCCUACUUACACACCCAGUGAG